AAAAAAAAAAAGAUUACUUGCCUCCGUUAAUUAGCAAAUGUUUGAUUCUUUGCCUAAACAAGAAUCCUGCUUGAAGUUGUCAUGAAGUCAUCCCUUUUUCCCCCAAUUGGACUCUCUUCAUAUUCCCUUCUCUUAUUCUUGAUUUCUGACAAUCUUUGUUACUAAACAAUGUCUCACCACCGAGAAACCAAUCCUCACUUCAUCAGACCACUACAGCAGCGUGAAGGCCAAUAUCCCCGAACACCACCACCACCGCAAGAACAACAAAAGAACCAGCCUUCAGCUCCACAUCCUAAAAAGCACCAACGCCAACAUGGUCCACAGGUUGCAGAACUGGAAGGUGAUGGCCCAUUUCGAGCUCCAUGGAAGAAACCUCAAGAACAGUAUCCCCAUCCAGAUGAAGGUCCAUCCCCGUCCCCAGAUGACCUCCGGGGUCCUCAGCUGAGUCGACAAAAACAAAAGAAUGUAGAGCAGUUUCCUAAACAUCAAGGCCAACGUUCCAAGCCAUAUGGUCCACGAGUUACAGAACAUCCGGAGGGUGAUGGCAAAUUCCGUAGUCCAUGGAUGUUACCCCAACAUCAAGAAGACCAUGGUGGUCAUAAUCCACCCCAUGACGGUGAAUACCGUAGUCCAUGGAUGCUGCCACCAGGUCCACCGCAGAAGCAUGAUCAUGACCACCAGAGUCGAGGUCGACAACCAAAGGAAAAGGAUGAGGAUGAUUCUAGGAUCCCACUAAGGCAGCAACAUGACCACCGCUCUCGCCAUCGCCCACUUGGUCUGCGAGCACCAGCACCCCAGAAAACAAGGCCAAUAACAUGGUUAGGUGCAGCUUUAUGUGCCAUUUUCUGGAUUGUAAUAUUUUUAGGAGGACUCAUCGUGCUUAUUGUUUAUCUUGUCUAUCGCCCGCGCAAUCCACGGUUCGAGGUGUCUAGUGUCACCUUGAACGCAGCAUAUAUUGAUGCAGAUGCUCUGCUAAAUGCUGACAUUUCCUUACUGGCAAACUUCACCAACCCAAACAAGAAAGUGAGCGUGGACUUUAAUCAUAUGAUCAUUGACUUAUAUUAUGGGAAUACCCUUAUUGCUACUCAAUAUAUUGAGUCUUUCUCGACACCAAAAACUGAGUCCAGGUUUGCAAACAUUCAUAUGAUCUCUAGUCAGGUUCGACUUCCUUUGGGUGACAGCGUACAGCUUCAAAACCAGAUUAGUAAAAAUGGAGUCAUAUUUGAUGUUAAAGGGUCAUUUAAGGUGAGAUCUAAUCUGGGGAUCUUUAGAUACUCAUAUCGAUUGUACGGCCAUUGCAAGAUCAUGGUGACUGCUCCUCCCAGUGGGGUGUUGAGAGCAACCAGAUGCACAACAAAACGUUGAAGAGAUAUUUAUCGCCAUAUGAGGGUUGAUUUUGAACAGUGUCGAGAAUUAUUCUUCCUCUUUCAAUUUCUUUUUGAGUCUGCUAAUUACAAUGCUUUCAAUAUGUAAAACCCAUCUCAGUUACCUUCCUACCUGUAUAAGAUUUGUAUCGUGUAUUGAAAUUGUCUGCAAAUUUCUGCAGCAGAUGCCAGAAAUUGAAAUCAUACAUGUAUUCUUGUUGAUUCAUAACCAGUAACUGCACCAUUUUGUUUUCUUUUGGCUAAAAAAAUAAUCAUGUAACAUAAAAAAAAAGUAGAAGAGAAUAAUUCUCACAAUUGGUUAUUUAUUUACAAAUGAUCAAUAUGAUGAAAAUUACAAAAAAUGCCUCAAAAUGCUGGCAUGCCCUCUCCACUCUUCACGAUGACAAGAAAUACAUCAAUGAUGGCAAAAAAAAAAAAAAAAAAAAAAA